AUGGAGAAAUGUAAAGAAAACUGCAUUUCAGGACCUGCUAAGGUGACGCAACCCCUUGGUGAUGGGCCGAAGCGCGUGCCGGUGACCCAGCCGUUCCCAUCUCAGAAUCUUCUGUCUGCAAGUGGUGGCCAGGCGCAGCGGGUCUUGUGCCCCGCCAACUCAUACCGGAGCAUCCCGUCACAUGCACCAAAGCUUGUCCCUCUCCGCAAACCCAGCAAGAGUCAGGCCCAGCAUCCUAAACAGAAGCCGCUGCCCACCACCACUGCCCCUCGUCCCGUCUCCAAGCUGGCCAGCAGUGGCCCCAGGAGUGAGCAGGCCCCACCGUCAGCAGCCGGAAAUAAUCCGGGAAAGGAGCUGGCAUCAAAACAGAAAAAAGAAGAAUCAAAAAAGAGGCAGUGGACUUUGGAAGAUUUUGAAAUUGGCCGCCCGCUGGGUAAAGGAAAGUUUGGUAAUGUUUAUCUGGCCAGAGAGAAACAGAGCAAGUUCAUCCUGGCUCUGAAAGUGCUGUUUAAAGCUCAGCUGGAGAAGGCGGGUGUGGAGCACCAGCUGCGGAGAGAGGUGGAGAUCCAGUCCCACCUGAGGCACCCUAAUAUUCUCAGGCUGUACGGUUAUUUCCAUGAUGCCACCAGAGUUUACCUGAUCCUUGAGUACGCGUCUCUGGGAACAGUCUACAGAGAACUGCAGAAGCUCUCCAGGUUUGACGAGCAGAAGACUGCUACCUAUAUCACCCAACUGGCUGGCGCCCUGUGUUACUGCCAUUCCAAGAAUGUGAUCCACAGAGACAUUAAACCGGAGAACUUGUUGCUUAGCUCCACUGGAGAGCUGAAGAUCGCCGAUUUUGGGUGGUCAGUCCAUGCCCCGUCCUCUAGGAGAACCACGCUGUGUGGCACCCUGGACUACCUGCCCCCUGAGAUGAUCGAGGGCCGCAUGCAUGACGAGAAGGUGGACCUCUGGAGCCUUGGGGUCCUCUGCUAUGAGUUCUUGGUGGGGAAGCCCCCCUUCGAGACCAACACAUACCAGGAAACCUACAACAGAAUCUCACGGGUUGAGUUUACGUAUCCUGACUCGGUGACGAUGGGGGCCCGCGACCUCAUUUCACGACUACUGAGGCAUAACCCAAGCCAGAGGCUGACCCUCCGAGAAGUCCUCGAGCACCCCUGGAUCACAGCCAACUCCUCCAAGUCCCUCAGGCCCCAGGACAAAGAAGCCACCAGCACACAGUCUUAG